AUGCCUAUCCCGAUGCCGCUUCCCCCGUCUCUCUUACACCGUGCCACCCUCAACAACCCAAUCCCGACCUCCUCAUCAUCCAUCUUCCAUGUCCUUGGAAUUCUCCCAGACCGUCUCCAAGGUAAUCCCGGCCGAGAUAAUGCUGACUCUGACUCCUUUUCCUCCCAGAGUUCCAUCAGACCAUCGCCUGGCCCGGCUCUCGUUCAUCUAGAGUUCCCCAACAACCUCCCCCCAACUACCAUGCGGCCGGGGCAAUACUCUAAGCAAGCCGGUGACUCUUGCUAUGGAGAAAGUAUACUACGAGUUUACGGCACAUUUCGAUACGAGCCGCCCGAUGAUGUCGUUGAGCCCAUGACCAAGAUAGGCCCGACCAGCUCCGGUUAUCCUGCACAUGCUCUUCAACCGACGGUGCCGCGCUCUCUUGUUACCUCAUUAGUCCCUAACCUUCGUCUUGGCGAAUCAGAUGCUCCGUCUCCGUACUGGCUCGGUCUGAUCGACCCUGGAGACAGCUCGCCGGUGAACGCAACCCAAGAAACGCUUUUUUUGCUUUUUGCACCGUUCUGCAUUCGUAUCCGCGAAAGUUCCACGUACCCCGACCGACCCGACUGUCUCUGGCGGAUGCCCGGCCAGACGAGCCUCACCGCCGACUCCAAGACUGGUCUACAGCAGCAUCCUAGCAAGAAGCCAGGUCCUUGUCGGAAUCUCGACAACUCAAUGGGUCCCUGGAGCGCCGGAAUACCUCCCGUGCCAAGCAGUGGAGUGCCCGAACCACGGUCCACCGUGACUGUUGUCGUUCCAUCUGGAUAUACUACGAUCUGGUCCAACUUUCAGGCCUCUCGCGGUUGUGCUCCAGUCAGGUCGCACGUUUCCUGGGUGCGGUCAGACCUCUGCCUGCUAGCCUGGAUACAUACCAUCCAUAUCACAUCAGAACCUUCAAUCGCCCUACGAUGCACUGCAAACCUAUCGGCACACGUCUGGGCCAUCCGCGAGUACCGAACCAUGACAUAUAGCUGUCCUCCAAGUGGCCCGUCAGCCUCAUCCUUCACCUAUUCUCAGCCUGGCAAGAAAUUAGCACCUCCAAGGCAGAUCUUGGGUCCAAUUUGGGGAUCUGACAUGAUCCGCACCACCCAACCAGCUUUGUCGCAUUCCGUCUGCCUGGCUACUGCCACCCAUGACAAGCCGGAGCUCAGCCUCAUCCCAGACUUCAUGUUCCAUCUACCUCCACAUGGCACAACAAACAUACCUUCUUUCUCCACAACGCACGAUCGUAUCCACCAUGAAGGGGACUUGGCUUAUUGUUCCCUCCAUGUCAGAAUGAGGCAUGAUAUGCCUGGAAAGCUGCCGGUCUGUGUAGACGCCACCCCGAGGCCUUGGACAUGCAAGUGCACCGAGACUAUUGAUGUCGACUUCCCGAAAGAGGCUAAGGCCUUGAAGGGCUGCUCCAGGCAAGACUUCACAUUGAUACACAAGUUUCAGUCGCUCAUCUCCUACCAGUCUUGUGCUUUCACGUUCAUCAUGCUUUCCACCUUCAUCAGCUCCAGCCUUGGGGCUUUCCUCCUUGCUUCCCUCGCCAAUGCCAACCCCAUUCGUUCGGUUGAGCAAAGGCAGACAGGCUGCGGUACCAACGGUAUCGGUAACCGAGAAUGCUGGAACGGAGACUUCAACAUUGAUUCCGAUUUCGAGAUCUUGACACCGCCCCAGGGAAAGUUGAGAACCUUUGACUUCACCCUAAGCAACUUGACCGACGUCGCGCCAGAUGGCGUUCACAAGCCGGCCAUGUUGAUCAACAACCAGUUCCCGGGUCCCACGAUCGAGGCGGACUGGGGUGACACCAUUCAGAUAAACGUCCACAACCAACUCCAGACCAACGGUACCUCCUUCCACUGGCAUGGCAUGCAUCUGCGCGGCCACAAUGACCAAGAUGGCGCCAAUGGUGUUACGGAAUGCCCUAUCCCCCCUGGACAAAGCAAGACAUACUCCUUCCAGUUGACUCAGUACGGUACAUCAUGGUAUCACAGCCACUUUUCCGCCCAGUACGGCAACGGCGUUGCAGGCGCCAUCCAGAUCAACGGACCGGCGUCCGCUGACUACGAUAUUGACCUCGGUCCAUUUGUUAUCAGCGACUGGUACUACGGAACUGCAGAUAACCUCUUGCGCCAAGCCGAGCUUGUGCCAGCCCGUCCCCCGCCUAGUGACAACAUUCUCUUCAACGGCAAAAACAUCAACCCACUUGGCGCUGGCGGUCAAUACCAGAAGACGAGGCUGACCCCGGGCAAGAAGCACCGUCUCAGGCUCAUUAACACCUCUGUUGACAACACUUUCACCGUCUCCCUGGUAGGCCACAGCUUCACCGUCAUUGCUACCGAUCUCGUUCCCGUGAAGCCAGUCAGCAAGGACAGCCUCUUCAUGACUGUCGGCCAGCGCUACGAUGUAAUCAUUGAAGCAAACAAGGAAAUUGAGAACUACUGGUUCAACGCGACUGUUGGUGGCGGCGGUCUUUGCGGCGAGACCAAGAACCCUCACCCCGCUUCAAUCUUCUUCUACGAUGGAUCUCCGGAUAGACUGCCAGUUGACCAAGGUACACCUCCCGCCAACCUGGGAUGCGCUGAUACCACCGGGUUUACUCCUGUGCUCUCCCGAACGGCCCCCUCAGACAAGUUUGAUGCGAGCAAGACACUGGACAUUGCUUUGGACACGCCGACUAUCAACGGCGCAGCGGUCUAUCGCUGGAAGGUCAAUGGGAACGACAUUGACGUUCAGUGGGACAAGCCCACUUUGGAGUACGUUGCUGAGGGCAACAACUCCUGGCCGGAACGUGCCAACAUCAUUGAGAUCCCCGAGGCCAACGAUUGGACUUGGUGGGUGAUUGAGAACACUGGCGCUCUGCCGCAUCCCAUCCAUCUCCACGGUCACGACUUCUUGCUCCUCGGUACUGGCAGCGGCACAUUCAGCGGCUCAGAGGGCCUCAACUUUGAGAACCCCACCCGCAGAGACGUUGCACAACUCCCCGGCUCUGGAUGGAUGGUGAUCGCAUUCAAGACAGACAACCCGGGCGCCUGGCUGAUGCAUUGCCACAUUGCCUGGCAUGUGAGCAUGGGUCUCAGCGUUCAGUUCCUCGAGCGAAAGAGCGAAAUCGCUUCAACGCUCGACCUGGCAUCGAUCAAACCGACCUGCGAUGCUUGGAGGAAGUAUGAGCCAACCGCCGUGUGGCCCAAGCAUGAUUCUGGAUUCAUAUGUGGCGUCCACUUACUGAGAGGACCAACUGCGGUGUGGUGGGCAGUCAACCAACACGAGAGCACCAAGCCAGCCUGGUGCCUCAGCCUUCAAGUCACCCAACCCUCCAUGAUUGCCAGGGUUUGGUGCGGCGCGGAAUCCGGGCCUCUCCGGUCCUGUCAUGGGUCACCGGCGCGCAUGACAGGUACACCACCUCUUCGCAGCGGACUUCCGGGCCUCACAAGCAUUUAG